AUGUUCGGUUCUGAUAACAAACCUUUAGGAGAAGGAGACCUGCGGAAAUUACUUAAACUUUAUCGCACAGAGAUCUCCAUGGCAGUCGACGAUGUCUUCCCUUUGCUCCAUGGACUGGCAGAUCAUGACAUUGUCACGGAAAAGAUGUUCAAGGUGAGAGAAAUAAGAACAAUGAUGAGAUGAUAUAUACUUCAAGUUUUCCUACUGGCUACUAGAACAAUCUCUUGUGGCAUGCAUAUAAUUUGUAUAGAGGAUAAGUUAUAUAUACCUGCCCUUUUUUUGUUUGUGUACUGCUGAACUACGACUCCUUCCUGGCCUUCAUUUCUUUUAUUGUUCUCUGAAAUUUUAAUCUGGUGGUUUUAUUUUGUUUCUCUGAACCCAGUUAGGGAGGUCAGGUAGAAAGAGAGAGGUUUUUAUUUGCGGUUGAUGCUGCUUGUAUCAUAGCACCAAUUUGUAGUCAUGAAUCUCAGUGUACAUCGUAUAUUAUUUUAUACACCAAAGAUCAUGGGUGUUGUAUGAAAAUCCUUGCAAAUGGCACAAAAUCCUAAGGGCUGUGAACAAUCAGAGCAGACCAAAUAAAAAUUAAUGAACAUUUCUAAUUUAGUUUUAUUAAUGUCAAUGGGUCUACUCUAAGUAGCACUAGCAUUGGCUACAAUAUUAAGCCUUGGGAAGCACUAUUGUUUUGUAGACCUUCAAAGUGAGCAGUUCAUGAGAUGAGCAGUUCUGGAGUGCUUGUGUGAUGGCCCAUGUUUAAUUCAUUGGUUUCCCCUUUUUUCAGCAUUAUUGGCACUUCACAGUUGUUGUUCUUCAGUCUAUAAUAUGUCCCCGGGACUUUACCUGCAGUGCCAGAAUUUGAGACUCUUGCUGUAACUUCAGAGGACAGAUUUGACUGCAGUGUACUUAAGCAAUUUAGGGGAGCAGUUAAAUCUACCAGUAUUUGGAAAGUAGACUAGCCUUGUUUUUUCUUUCUCCCCGAAGGAUACUCUCCAUCUGAAGGAGAAGGAUGGCUGCCACAAGGCCUUCCAUGCCAUGUUAACGUGGCUGUUGAGCCAGGACUCCUCUUCCAUCCGGGACUUCUGGAGGGUUCUCUUCAAGGAUUAUAACCUGGAGAGAUAUUCCAAGCUCCAGUCCAUUCGAAGCAGCUUUCCUAAAGGUAUUUGCUGAAGUCAUCAUAGCCAUGAAGAAAUUGAAGAUGAGUGAAAUAUAAGUGGAAAUAGAUUUAGAAACGCCUCUCUCAUGUUUAAAAGCUGGGAAUCGUUUAUUUAUUCACCUUUCUUGUUUAGCUUGUUUAUUUUACUGCAUAAUAUAAUGUGUUUUCCUGCUCCAGGGACAAUUUUCCCCACCCUGAAGCACAAUUUCUAUAAUCAGGCGAGAAUCCCACAAAACAGACUUAUGGAUGGGUGUUUAUUGUGGAUCCAUGCUCCUUAUGCAUACACAUUUAUUUGCAGUGUCCACAUAUCUUUGGCAUCAAAAUGGCAGCCUAUAUUCCCCACCGCAUCAUACCUUGUUUAAUCUCCAUUUACCCUUUAUGGGGAAAAUACAAGAAUAAGGAAAAAAAGCUUGUUGCUAGCAACCCACCGUUGCCUCAUUUACAAUAUUAAGCCCUGUCUAGACAUGCCUCCAGUCUCAGAAUUUGCUUUCUUUUCAGACCUGGAUCUCAGUAGGUAUUGCAGCAGGGCAAGGAAGCUCGCAAGCAGUCCUAAGGUAUUGACUCAGCACAAAUCCCAAGGGAAGAGGAAAGCGACAGAUGAAAAAGAUGCUUUGCACCCACCUCAACUUUCAGCAAAAGGCGACCCACACCUUGGUAUAGAACUAUUUUCUGGGGUUUUGCUGUGCUUUUUGUGGAUGCAAGAGUUGAUAUUAAACAUGCCAAAGAGGAUUAGGAAUGGAUUUCCUCCAGGAAGAAAUAAGGAUCUGGAAUGAGAAUUUUCAAUUUCAAGAACAUCAGCACAAGCCAUUCUCUUUUUUGGUAGUAUUUCACUACCUUGAUUUGUUUUAUUUAAGAUAUUGAUAUACGGUACCAGUUUUCAGGCGAGCUUUGCAAAGCAGUUUCCAUGCAAUGCUAACGAACUGAGCAUCAGUUUAAAUAUAUAUAUUUUUAAAAACAGCCAAGGCAAGAACUUUCUGAAAACUAGAUCUCCUUCUUCUCAGAGCUACAGCUCUCCUUCUCCUCAGUCAGGGUGGUGGUGGUUAGGGAGGGAGAGGCCACCUCAGCUGCAAUACUAGGAGCUAGGCCCGGGGGCCGGAUCCGACCCAAUCGCCUUCUAAAUCCGGCUUGCGGACAGUUCGGGAAUCAGCAUGUUUUUACAUGAGUAGAAUGUGUCCUUUUAUUUAAAAUGCAUCUCUGAGUUAUUUGUGGGGCCUGUUUUUACAUGAGUAGAAUGUGUCCUUUUAUUUAAAAUGCAUCUCUGGGUUAUUUGUGGGGCAUAGGAAUUCGUUCAUCCCCCCCCCAAAAAAAUAUAGUCCAGCCCACCACAUGGUCUGAGGAACAGUGGACCAGCCCCCUGCUGAAAAAGUUUGCUGACCCGUGUCCUAAACACAUACUUGCUGUUUAUUCGGGGCGGGGGGGGGGGAGGCCUUGUUUUCAGUAUUGUAAUGAAUGUCCUAUAAAUCAACAGGAUCCCUUCCAAAGGCAAAAUCUGUGAAGAAGUCAGAGAAUGUUGAGACCCAGCAUCAUCCCCUUUCUCAUGGCGGUAUGUGCAGCACUUCGGCGUUCUUGUAUCUAUCCAGCACUGACCUAACGUGGUACCUUGACUUAUUUCACUCAGAAGUGACCGAACUCUGUUUCUUCUUAUUUAGAUUCUAGAUCAGGGAUGAGGAUCCUGUGGCACUCCAUAUUUUGUUGGACUACAUCUCCCAUUAUUGUGGCCUACUGGUCACACUGGCUGGGGCUGAUGGGAGCUGGAGUCCCAACAAUAUCAGGAGAGGCAAAGGUUCGUCACCCCAUUCUAUAUCAAAACGAGGGCAAUUAAGCUGAUAUAAAAAUUUAGACUGUAUGAAUUCUGUGUCCCUGCUUUGAUGAGAUAAAUCCAGUGUGAUCUUCCAUUUCCCAGGUGACACUAAGAAAUGCAUCAAAAUUGGUGGUGAGUUUUAUGCAGCAGACAAACUAGAAGAGAGGAACAAAGCUCAGGAACUGAAGCCCAGCGGGAAAGCUAAAGAAUCCCAGGUCCGUAAAUACAUAUGCCACACAAUAUACUUCUAAUCCUUUCACAUUUUCUCUGCCUCUUUUGCUUUGAAGUUACUAGCAAGCUUUGGGGGCCCCAGAGUCCUUCAGACCAUAGUGCCGGGUGAGUGAAUCAUGGCUUUGGUUUAGCCAAGGGCAGACAACUGCCGGUUUUUGUUUAUGCAGCACCUGCAGUCAGGUGCUUCACAAUUACUUCUGCGUGCAAUUACCAACCUCUCUAUUAAGGGGCAAACCCGGCAGCUUCGGCUCAUGGCAAGCGAGUCACAUGACCCACCCACCCACCUCACUCAGGGAAUUUACUGGUAGAACAGAACAAGCAGUUGCGUAAGUGAAGCCUUAGUCUGGUACUGCACCCGAGAGUCAGACAGAAACGAGGAGGGCUGGGCUCCUGCACUUUUAAUAGCUGCUUAGAAGAGGGAAUUGCAACAAGAGUAGUAGGUUAAAUGAGAGCUACAACUGCUGAAAUUCCUUCUUCUGCACAACUACUAAAGAUGCAGGAGUCCUAUUCAGCUGAACACCCCAACCAACAACCUUCCUUCAGGUGUGGCUUGUGCCUCUUGGCCUCACAACUCAGCUUGACCCUUUUACCUGUGGGGAAGCUUGUGUGAGUUUUCUGCACAUUCCAGUCAAAGUUCAAAGGCUACGGAGGAGAAAUUUAUAGCUGAUCCAGUGUUGUUAGGUUCUGGACGAGCUGUGUUUUAAUGUAUGUCUGUUGCAAAGCCUUUGUGGUGCUCUUUUCUUGUUUUUAUGCUGUUUAUGUGUAUGGCUUAGAGAUUUUUAAAAAUAUUAAGUUGUUUAGAGAAGCUUUUAAAUAAUAAACGUGUGCGUUAUCACCACAGCUGCUGCAAAAGGCAGCAUCAGAGAGAACAUUAAUUCAUAACUUUACUGCAAGACCCAUGGAUGACCCAUACCUGUCAGUUUUCUUAAAGAGACAGAAGAACAUCUCCAGUGGCAUUGGGGAGGAGCUGGAGAGGAGCAUCAUUUUAGCUUUUUGAACACAUUGAAGCACCAACACUUUGCAUUGUGACCCUCAUCUAGUGCAGCCUUUUCCAACCCGGUGCCUCCUUAAAGAUGUUUGUGACUACAAUUCCCAUCAGCCCCUGCUGCAUCUGGAGUGCACCAGGUUAGGGAAGGCUGGUCUGGGACAGUCCUACUUGGAAUAACUGAUAUGAUCAGUGGGGUGGACUUACUCCUUGGUUCAUAAUUCUUCUCUUGAUUUUCAGAAUGGAGAUCAAAAAGCAAACUUGCAGAAUAGGUGCCCUGCCACCCCUUUCCACACUGUGGAUCCAGCCCCCCAGCAGGUAAUAAAAAGAAUGUCAUUUUCCUUUCCCUGUGCUAAAGGUAUGUCAGCUUCCCUCUGUCAGUGCUCUUCAUAUAUGGCGGAGGAGGUUUCUCCUGUUCUUCAUAUAUUUCCACUUCUUCGUAUAGUGGGAUUUCUUGCUGGUUUUUUGUGUUUUUUUGGUAACAUGGAAAACUGUUCACACAACGUUGUUUUAUUUUGUUAUUCAUCAUAUUUGUAUUCUACCCUUCCUGGAAAGGAAUUCAGGUGGUUUACGUAGGAUUAUUUAUCCUAUAUCUUCACCAGAACCCUGUGAGGUAGGUUGGACAGAGAUAAAUGGUGACUUUUCCUAAAGUCUCCCAGUUAGCUUUGUUGCCAAGUAGGGAUUUGAACUCAGGUCUUCCCAGUCCAGCUCGAGUGUACUAUCCACUCAAACACUUUUUUAGCGUGCAAAUAGGAGCAAGUGGAGUUUCCACCCCUAUGGGAUUUAGAGCUCAUGGGCUGGGUGUGGCGUUCGUAUGGAGCCCCUGGUCGUCUCACAGACUAUUGACCCGUACACCACUAAUCCACUGCCACCAACCAAGUCCUCCCUGGUAAAAUCACUUAGUCUCAGUCAGGUUCUCAAGGUAACAAAGAAGAGUAUAGUUUAUUGUAGACACAAACAAACUUUAAGUGCAUUCCAAAUGUUGUUACUCUUUACCUUCUUAGUCUUAUUUUAUCCUGUCUCUAUCUCUUCUACCUCCCCUCACACAAGAACCCACUGCAGUAACUGUCUCUCUAUUUUCAACUGCCUGCCAACUGCUUUUCCAACUGCCUUUCCCAACCAGUCAACCCACUAAAACCAACCAACUACCCACCAUCAACUAACUCAAACCUCGUGCUAAGCCCUUUUAUAAACAGGUAGGCUCCGCCUCCGGCUUUCCUAUUGGUCUACAUUUUUAACCCUUUCUCACCCCCCUGUACAGACAUUUUCUAAACGAACAGGCAAACGCCACACUGGGUAUUGUCAGGAAGGGGAAAACCCUGAGAUUAAACAUAAUCAAAUGUGCACGCACACAUAUAUGAAAUGGGACAGAUUUGUAGGUAUUUUUAGCAUCUGUAUUUUCAGCAUUAUGCUAAAUUUAAUGAGGAAAAAAGAAAAUGUGGAAGGAGGGUAGUUGGGCAGUUUGUCUGUUCAAACAAGUUGAAGGCAUGUGCAACUUUUAAGGAGAGAUGCCUUGUGCUUUUAUGCUGCAGGUGUAUUUCCCAAGUAACCACUCCACAUAUAAGCAGUCAGCACUGUAGCUUUUGGAAAAUACAUCUGGAAACCUGCAAAGGAGGCAGCCAAUCGUAACUCCCCGGUGCAUCACCUCAUGUGAUUACAGACACACUUCCCCAUGUGGUUACUGCAGGCAAACAUUAUGAUGUUUGUUGUGAGAUGCACACAGUGGCACCUGGAAACACAUCUGCCAGAGAAAAUGUGAAACGGUCUUCACUUUUUUAAAUGUAAAAGCCACAGAAAUUGGACACCGAUGAAGACUGGAUGGAGUGAGAGCCACAGACUGUGCAAGCCCCUUGCUGCAGUGCAGUCAGGUCAAAUCCAUACCAUAUAUUUAAAGCACAUUGUUUUCCCCUGGAGAAUCCUGGGGAAUGUAGUUUAAGGUUGCUGGAUAUUAUAGCUCUGUGAGGGGUAAACUACAGUUCCCAGGAUUCCUUGGGGGAAGCCUUGUGUUUUAAAUGAAUGGUGUCGAUGUCACCACAUUCACAAAUCAUGCCUAAAACAGGAGCAGUCAGAAGUACACCGAAGCCAGUCUUUUGGCCUGAAAACUAGUGUUUCUUUAUAGACAAGAUGUGCUGAGCAUCACAACUGUCCUAGACAGAGGCACAUCUGACACAGGCACGUUGAGUGCUACCCUUUGCCUUGCAUUUCUUUUCUUUUUUUUUAUUGAUACAGCAAGAAAAAAUAAAAAACACAAAUACCAAAUUACACACAGGAAUAACCAUAGACACAUAAUUUUCUUAACAAACAAUAAAACAUAUAUUGGUCUUAACACUAAAGACCCAACCUCCCGUCUAUUCCAUAUUUUGAUUUCAUAUUACUUAUUGCCAAUACACACUUUUAACAUAAUUAAACUUUUUCUUAAUAUAUCUAAUUUCUUAUAUCUACCUUGCAACUACUACUGAAGUUCCUCGAAUGCUGCAACAGAAUUUAAACUACUGUAUUUAUUUUUCAAAUAGUCUUUGAAAACCUCCCAUUUUGAAACAACUUCCUGUUUUGAUUUAUUCUUUAUUUUUUCUGAUGGACCGUCUAAUUUGGCAUAUUCUGUCAGCUUUUGGAUCCAAUCUUGUAAAGAGGGGAUUUCAUUACUCUUCCAUUUCGCCGCAAUCAGAACUCUUGCUGCCGCCGCCGCAUAUAAAAAUAUACCCUUCCUCUUUUCCCUUUGCCUUGCAUUUCUGAUGCUCUUAAGCAGAAAAUGAAUCUCCACCAAGCCACAUAGUUCAUUAUGUCUUGAAAGUUUCACCCCACUUGGGAAGUCCCAGGUUUCCUCAGCUUCUUAGACUGGUGCCAGAUUCACCCAUGGGACAAGGUUUCACCAUGAGAAUCAUUUCUCCUUGGCAGAGCUUAGUGCCGCUCCUGCCAGAAUGGAAUUCCCCAAAGAUUUCACAGUUAAAGGCUGUUGCACAGCAAGGAACACCUUGCACAUCAAAGCCAGUAUUGGUCCUCACUUUCCCCUGCUCAGUUGGGUUUUGCUUCUGAAGCCAUCUCUCUUAAUAAGGGCGAAUUAGCAAAACUUGCAGAGACUCAGUUACAAUGUCCAUUGCAUGCCCUCUGUGCCUCCCACCAAGGCUCUCAAGUUUUGGAAAAGCAGUAUUUGAAGAAAGAAGCAAAGCGCAAAGGACAGAACAAGCCCUGUUUCCUACAGGAAGCAGCACUGUACUUUAUUACUGUCAAGCAUUCCUGCUGCAUCAGACUCUGCUGCACAAAUGACCAAAGUUCUGACGCUAUUUUCUUGAGUGUUCUAUCUCAAAGCAGAGUUCAAUAAAAGAGCCAGAGCAAGGGCAAAUCUCCCUUUAAUUCCGUCUGCUUCAUGUAUUUCCAGUGUUACAAUUAAAUCACCCAUUUCUAGGGAUCUUGCCUGCCAGAAAGAGCUCUCUGCUCCAACUCCCUGUUGCCCUGAGACUGCAGAGCUGUAAGGGAAGUAGGACUAGAGCUGGCUGGGUUGUGUGUGUGGAAGUGCACUUGAGAUAAUGUAACUUCAUAAAUUGUUGCCUGGACUUUCUUGCAUUCCUCUUCCCUCCCCAUUCCUUUUUCCUUUUGUGUUGUAUCCAAUCCUGGAGUCUCACAAUCACUUUAAAAAAAAAAAAUGUGUAGAGCAUUUAAUCAAUUUUAUGCACUUUAAGAGUUGAUGCUGAAAGUAGCAGAGGGUGCUGAUCUGGAUAGGUGGCUGUAGGUGACAUUAUGUGCUGCUCCCUAGCCAUGUAGAGAGAAUCCAUCUGAAAAUGGAGUCUUUAUUCUAUUUCAAUUCUCCCAAAUUUUGCUGGGCCAGAAGAACGAUGACGAAUGUGCCGUCUGCAGGGAUGGUGGGGAGCUGAUCUGCUGUGAUGGAUGCCCCAAGGCCUUUCAUCUCACCUGCCUUGUGCCACCACUGACAGAGAUUCCCAGGUAAUGACAGUUCUGCUGGUAUUUCCAUAGCCCCCUGGAAUCACAUCAAGAUCUGGGUGCAGAACAGGUUUUAUUUUGAUUAUAAAGGUAAAGGUGAAGGGACCCCUGACCAUUAGGUCCAGUUGUGCCCGACUCUGGGGUUGCGGCGCUCAUCUCGCUUUAUUGGCCGAGGGAGCCGGCGUACAGCUUCCGGGUCAUGUGGCCAGCAUGACUAAGCCGCUUCUGGCGAACCAGAGCAGUGCACGGAAACGCCGUUUGCCUUCCUGCCGGAGUGGUACCUAUUUAUCUACUUGAACUUUGACGUGCUUUCGAACUGCUAGGUUGGCAGGAGCUGGGACCAAACAAUGUGAGCUCACCCCGUUGCGGGGAUUCGAACUGCUGACCUUCUGAUUGGCAAGUCCUAGGCUCUGUGGUUUAACCCACAGCGCCACCUUAUAAGCCACCUUAAAUGCUUGCUUGCUAGAAAUCCAGGAUAUAAUGGCUUGAAACAAGUAUCUGAACCAUGAUCAGACAGUUUUUACAGUUGAUCUUCCUUGUGCAUGUUCGGAGGGCAUAUUGGCCUAACCCCAACCACAGUUCUCACAGCAGAUGAGGAUGAUUACCGGACUUGCGCAGAGCCUCUUCUCUUCUAGGAAUAGGGAGUGGCCUAGGGGGGAAAGGCACCCACCCUUUCAUUUCUCAGGAUCUUUCCUGUGUGCAAUUUGUUUAUUUCUUCCUGCCCUCACUUGCAAUAGUGCAUCUGAGAUUGGUCGUAGCACUCUGAUACGCCAUUUUCCAUUGGGUGGGUGGGGGACUGUUUUUGUUUACAUUUGCUUAACUUGUUUCAUCCAUUUCUUCCUCUCUUUCUCUACUUGCUAUUCACGAUCAUGCUCCUGUCUUUUUCCCCUCGGGACGCUGAGCAGCGGGACAUGGAGGUGCGAUGCCUGCUCCUCCGGGCAAUCGAAACAGUACAGGGGCAAUGGAGAAGAGAACAGCAGGAAUGCACUUCCUCAAACACAGGUAUAAUUAUGAUCCUUGAUUUCUCUGUCUCUCUUCACGAUCCUCUCUUUUCCUCUCCCUUUCGGGAAAAUGUCCUACAUGAAGCAACUCUAAGAAACUGCUCUUUCGCUCUUGUCUCCUUCAACAGAGUUUGAGAGUUUGCAGGGCAGCAGUUGAAGAAGGAGCAAAAAGGGUUUUCUUGUGUGUGUGUUUCUUUGUGGCUGAUUGGCUGCUCUCCCUGUGCAAAGGUCAGAGGGGGCAGGGUUUCUGUUGAGGCAGGUGAUUAGCUGUGGGAGGAGCUUAUCAGAGUUUGCAGGGCAGGCAGGUGAUUAGCUGUGGGAGGAGCUUAUCAGAGUUUGCAGGGCAGGCAGGUGAUUAGCUGUGGGAGGAGCUUAUCAGAGUUUGCAGGGCAGCAGUUGAAGAAGGAGCAAAAAGGGUUUUCUUGUGUGUGUGUUUCUUUGUGGCUGAUUGGCUGCUCUCCCUGUGCAAAGGUCAGAGGGGGCAGGGUUUCUGUUGAGGCAGGUGAUUAGCUGUGGGAGGAGCUUAUCAGAGUUUGCAGGGCAGCGGCGCGCGCCUAGCGGCGCGCGCAGUUUGAUCCAUCUUUUAGAUUUAGGGGGCUAGUCUCAAACGUUUGUUGGGGAGACCUAGGUUUUUUGUUGGGGAGUUAUUUUUCCUGUCUUCACGCUUUUUAUGAUGGAGGACCGCUGUAGCCACCCCCAGCGACACGUUCUGAAGAUGGAGGGGAGGGAACAGCUGCAGUCGCCUGCGGUUCCUGCGCAAUGUUUGCCAUCUUGCCAAAGGUUGCAGGCAGCUUUACCUGCAGCAAUUGCAUGUUGAUUGCCCUCUUAAAAGACAAAGUCCAGCAACUGGAGGAACGUGUAGCUACGCUCCAAAGAAUUAGAGAGCUGGAGCUCUUCUUGGAAGCAACAGAGCACACCGUCUCCACCAAGGAGGAGACAGGGGACUCCCCUGAGAAGGACGCUAGUUCACCAACACAGGAGCCAGAUAUAUGGAGAAACGUGACUCAAAGAAGUAGCAGGCCCAGGGUUCGCUCUGAUUGUUUAGAAAUACACAAUCGCUUUGAGGUCCUCUCCCUAGCAUGGAAGACGAAGAGCAGACUCCAUUUGAGGAUCUCUCCUCGUUACAGUCGAUCAGGUAUAUGAAGACGAGCAGCAAAGUCAGUCCUCAGGGAAUGUGCAGGCGACCUUGGAGCGGACAGCUCACGGAAGAACUCGACCAAACCUAAGAGGAGGCGUGUAGUGGUGAUAGGGGAUUCCCUACUGAGGGGAACAGAAGCAGUGAUCUGUGGGCCUGACAAGAUGUCUCGGGAAGUGUGCUGUCUCCCCGGGGCUAAGAUCCAAGAUGUAACUGAACGACUGCAAGGAAUCAUAAAACCCACUGACAAAUACCCCUUCCUCUUGGUUCAUGUGCGAACCAAUGACACUGCAAGCAAUAGCCUCCAGAAGAUCAAAAGAGACUACGAGGCUCUGGGCAGGAAAUUGAAGCAAUUAAAUGCACAAAUUGUGAUCUCAUCUGUCCUCCCAGUUGAACAGCGUGGCCCAGGGAGAGAGGGAAAAUAGUGGAAGUGAACAGCUGGCUUCGCAAAUGGUGUAAACAGGAACGGUUUGGAUUCUUAGAUCACGGACUGCAGUUUCUUGAAGAUGGACUUCUGGCAAGCGAUGGGCUGCACCUCACAACGGUUGGGAGAAAUGUUUUUGCCAAAAAUCUCAGAAACCUCAUCAGGAGGGCUUUAAACUGACUAAUGUGGGGGAGGGAGACAGUGCUCCUGAAGGUAGGAGUCUAUCAAUUGAUGAAGAUGAUCAUCCAAAUGUCAUAGACCAAAUGGAGCAAACAGCACGCAGACCUAGUGGUGGGAGGAAAAAUCCUUAAAUAAGAGACACGGGGAAUGAUUAAUGGACUUCAAUGUCUGUACACUAAUGCGCAAAGCAUGGGAAAUAAACAAGAUGAGCUUGAGCUCUUGGUACAGCAAACUAAAUAUGACAUAAUAGGCAUCACUGAAACCUGGUGGGAUAAGUCCCACGAUUGGAAUGUAAUAAUGGGGGAUACAAUCUAUUUCAGAGAAACAGACCAGACAAGAAAGGAGGAGGAGUGGCGUUAUAUGUCAGGGAUGUGUAUACCUGUGAAGAGAUCCAAGAUUUAGAACCUCAAAGCCAAAGUGAGAGCAUUUGGGUCAAAAUUAAGGGAGAGAAGAAUAACAGGGACCUCAUUGUGGGAGUUUACUAUAGAUCCCCAAGCCAAACGGAGGACAUAGAUGAUGCCUUCCUGGAACAGAUGGCCAAGCAUGCAAAAGGAAGGGAGAUAGUAGUAAUGGGGGACUUCAAUUACCCGGAUAUUUGUUGGAUGUCAAACUCAGCCAAGAGCACAAGGUCAAACAGAUUCCUCACUGGCCUUGCAGACAACUUCAUUGUCCAGAAAGUGGGAGAAGCAACAAGAGGAACAGCCAUUUUAGAUCUGGUCCUAACCAAUGUUGAUGACCUGGUUAGUGGGGUAGAAGUGGAAGGAUCAUUAGGCGCGAGUGAUCAUGCUCUUCUGAAGUUUACUAUACAGCGGAAAGGAGCAGCCAAGCAUACUAGGACUCAAUUUCUUGACUUUAAGAAAGCUGACUUCAUAAAACUUAGGGAAGUGCUGGGUGAGAUCCCAUGGACAGUAAUACUAAAAGGAAAGGGAGUUCAUGAUGGCUGGGAGUUUGUUAAGAGGGAGAUACUAAAAGCACAACGUCAGGCAAUACCAAUGAGACAGAAACAUGGAAGGUGCCUAAAGAAGCCAGGGUGGCUAUCUAAAGAACUUUUAACUGAGUUAAGAUUAAAAAGGAUGUGUACAAAAAAUGGAAAAGGGGGGAAACCACCAAAGAGGAAUUCAAACAAAUAGCCAGCACGUGUAGACACAAAGUCAGAAAAGCUAAAGCACAGAAUGAACUCAGGCUUGCUAGAGAGGUUAAAAGCAACAAAAAGGCUUUUAUGGGUAUGUCCGUAGCAAAAGGAAGAACAAAGAAACAGUGGGGUCACUCAGAGGAGAAGAUGGUGAAAUGCAAACAGGGGACACAGAAAGAGCUGAACUCCUCAAUGCCUUCUUUGCCUCAGUCUUCUCCGAUAAAGAAAACAAUGCCCAACCUGAAGAAUUUGGAGCAAAUGAUUCAGCAAAUGAAACACAGCCCAGAAUAACUAAGGAGAUAGUACAAGAAUACUUGGCUAGUUUAGAUGUAUUCAAGUCUCCAGGGCCAGAUGAACUGCAUCCAAGAGUAUUAAAAGAACUGGCAGAUGUGAUCUCAGAACCACUGGCAGUCAUCUUUGAGAAUUCCUGGAGAACAGGCGAAGUCCCGGCAGACUGGAGGAGGGCAAAUGUUGUCCCUAUUUUCAAAAAGGGGAAAAGAGAGGACCCAAAUAAUUACCGCCCAGUCAGUCUGACAUCAAUACCAGGGAAGAUUCUGGAGCAGAUGAUUAAGCAAACAGUCUGUGAGCACCUAGAAAGGAAUGCUGUGAUCACCAAUAGUCAGCAUGGAUUUCUGAAAAAUAAGUCAUGUCAGACUAACCUGAUCUCGUUUUUGACAGAAUUACAAGCCUGGUAGAUGAAGGGAACGCAGUGGAUGUAGCCUACCUUGAUUUCAGCAAGGCAUUUGACAAGGUGCCUCAUGAUAUUCUUGUAAAGAAGCUGGUAAAAUGUGGUCUUGACUAUGCUACCACUCAGUGGAUUUGUAACUGGCUGACUGACCGAACCCAAAGGGUGCUCAUCAAUGGUUCCUCUUCAUCCUGGAGAAGAGUGACUAGUGGGGUGCCACAGGGUUCAGUCUUGGGCCCGGUCUUAUUCAACAUCUUUAUCAACGACUUGGAUGAUGGACUCAAGGGCAUCCUGAUCAAAUUUGCAGAUGACACCAAAUUGGGAGGGGUGGCUAACACCCCAGAGGACAGGAUCACACUUCAAAACGACCUUGACAGAUUAGAGAACUGGGCCAAAACAAACAAGAUGAAUUUUAACAGGGAGAAAUGUAAAGUAUUGCACUUGGGCAAAAAAAAUGAGAGGCACAAAUACAAGAUGGGGACACCUGGCUUGAGAGCAGUACAUGUGAAAAGGAUCUAGGAGUCUUGGUUGACCACAAACUUGACAUGAGCCAACAGUGUGACGCGGCAGCUAAAAAAGCCAAUGCAAUUCUGGGCUGCAUCAAUAGGAGUAUAGCAUCUAGAUCAAGGGAAGUAAUAGUGCCACUGUAUUCUGCUCUGGUCAGACCUCACCUGGAGUACUGUGUCCAGUUCUGGGCACCACAGUUCAAGAAAGACAUUGACAAACUGGAGCGUGUCCAGAGGAGGGCAACCAAAAUGGUCAAAGGCCUGGAAACGAUGCCUUAUGAGGAACGGCUAAGAGAGCUGGGCAUGUUUAGCCUGGAGAAGAGGAGGUUAAGGGGUGAUAUGAUAGCCAUGUUCAAAUAUAUAAAAGGACAACAGCUGUUUAUGGUCUUUUUGUGCACAUUUAUUGCAGUCCACUUUUCCUUUGUGAGAAAAGGGAGAAUAAAUGGCCCGGACCUUUGGAAUGCAAUAAUCUUUAAUAUGAACAAAAUUGCAGUCUCUGAAGGUGUUUCAAGACUUUCACAUGACCACCACCCUAAAACCCUGCUGAAAUAAAAACUGUAUCCUGCAGUGACCCCUUGUGGCUGUUUUCCAUUACUACUGAGUGAGAUUUCUCUCUUUAAUUUUUUUUAAAAAAAUAAUAAUUCAUUUGUAGGACAAUCUAUCAGAUUUAUUAUUGCAAUAGAAGUAAAAUGGUAAAAAUGAAGUUCAGUGUGUUCAUUACUACACUUAGUCACUUUUUUAAUACAAAAGGCAAACUCAAAUCUUCUUAUGCAAGUAAUGUAAUAUAUUCUGUCAAUAUAAUAUAUUUAUUUUGCAUACCUGCUUAGGGAGCUGUAUAUGUCCAGAGGACAACAGAAGAUGGAAGGAGGGUUCUCAUCAAGGAACCUGUGUGUGCCUCCCUCAGGCAGCCUUUGCCCUCUGUGACCCCAGUGUCUGGGGUGGCACCGCCAACCGUUCAGAAUGUGGGAACAGAGAAACAGCUGGUCAGUAUCUCACCUCCUGUGGAACCUUCCACCAUUCACUGGGCUUAGCCAUUUCAAAUGCUUUAAAUAAGAACAGUAUGCUGCAAAACAUUUUGUUGCCUUAUUUCUCCUACCCUACCCUUGGGCUGCUAGUCUUGGUGGAGUCUAUUAGGUCUCAAAUUAAGUAUCUGCUUGAUCCUAACAUUGCUGUGAUGAAACUAUACUCUGCUUAGUUCAUUUUUCUGAGGGCCUGAAAAACCUUACAAUGGCCCCAAUGGAAGUGGUAAGUUAGAAAUCAAAGCAAUUGCAGUGGACCAGACAAACAUAAGACGGGAUGGUCACAUGCGGCGCAUGGUAGCUCUGAAGGAGAAAAAGAGGACCAUGUUUUGCUAGAAACCUGACUCCAAAUUCUUUCUUUUUUUCCCUUUACAGAAGCUGACCAUUGGGGAGAAGUGUGGAGUAUGCAGGAAAGAAGGAGACCUGAUCUACUGCAAUAAGUGUUUCCGGGCUUUCCACUGGCCCUGCCAUUUUCCUGCCCAUGCAGAUCAAAUCAGGUGACAUUUACAUCCAAGAAUUAAGCCAUCCAUAGCUCCCCAGACUUCAUAGUUCGUUUGUGAGAGCGUGUCCAGAUGGUGGCUUACUAAACCUGGUUUAAUGUCAUAGUAAAGGUAAAGGGACCCCUGACCAUUAGGUCCAGUCGUGGCCGACUCUGGGGUUGCGGCGCUCAUCUCGCUUUAUUGGCCAAGGGAGCGGGCAUACAGCUUCCGGGUCAUGUGGCCAGCAUGACUAAGUGCUUCUGGCGAACCAGAGCAGCGCACGGAAACACCAUUUACCUUCCCACCAGAGUGGUACCUAUUUAUCUACUUGCACUUUGACGUCCUUUCGAACUGCUAGGUUGGCAGGAGCUGGGACCGAGCAGCGGGAGCUCACCCCAUCGCGGGGAUUUGAACCACCGACCUUCUGAUCGGCAAGUCCUAGGCUCUGUGGUUUAACCCACAGCGCCACCCAUGUCCCCAAUGUCAUAGUACCAGAUUAGAAAUGCAGGACAGGCACCACAAGAUGGGAGUUUUGUUUAUGUAAGUGCUGCUCUUCUAAAUAGUGCUGCCCUGUAACAGGAUGCACACGGAGAAUGGCCUAUUUAUUGUUUGAACAUGUGUCAGGUGUGCCAGAAUGGUGAUUCUUACGUGGGGGGGGGGGACAUUUUACCUGAAGCCACCACCUUAAGUCCUUCACAGAUAGAUGUUCUAGUAUUUUACUCAAAGCAACAUCUUGAUCUCAAAGCAGACAAAAUUCAGAGUUUUCUAAACCAAUCCAUGCAUUUUACCACGUUUAUAUCCUGGAGUGUCCAGUGUAGCUACUCUCCAACGAGAGGUGAUGUUGAAGUCCUUAUAUUACUUUUUAAAUAGGCUCUCUCUGCUAGCAAAUCUGAAUCAUACAACUGGAAGCUGGGCCCGGUUGCAGAAUGAGCUUAAUGGUCAGGAAAACUGAUGUCUCAUGGCUCACUCAUACAGUUGGACGGUAGACAUCAGUUUUCAAUUGUACGAAUCAGCCUUGAGUUUUACCAGGCAAUCUUGCGUGGCUUCUCCUUCCUCUCCUCUUAGGGCUUUUUCUCACUGCAGUGUAGUUGAGUAGCUAAGCAUGUGCCUGGCCUGUACCAGUACAGGUGGGUGCUAACAUGAUUGAGUAUCUCAACCUCCAUACAAAAAGGAAUCCAUGCAUAUGAAAAACUAGGUUUCAGGAAGAAAGGUUCUAGCCUAACUUUCUUCCUGACAUCUCGUUUUCUAUGUGGGUGUAAUGUUUUUGUAUGGAAGAGCAUUCAACCAUAUGAGGCCCCUCUUAGACCUGAAGUAGUCCAGUCCAGCUUUAACCCGUUAUCUGUGCUUUCGGAAAUAUAGGUUUGUGACUUCAAAGGGUAAGAUCCUUUGUGUGUUUUGUUCUAGUGGAAUCUUAAUGUGCAAAUCCUGCACUAGCAACCAUCCCAUGACCAUCAGUUUGGAUGGAACUACGAACUCAAAUACCCCAACACUACGAGCGGUAAAGGUCUGGAUUUUCCGAAAUCUUUUCAAAUUUAUAGUAGCUAGUGAGUUUAAUCUUUGCAGCUCCCCUGUGGAGGUCCAUUAGGAUGAGAGAUAACUGGUUGUGUGGAGACUUGAACUUGGGUCUUCCCAGUCAAAGUCCGACAAUCAGACGUACACUAUACGGGUUCUCAUUGUUAUUGUUAAUACUUGUUAAUUUUCUAUAACAUCAGUAUGUUAAUAAUACAGUGGAAGGAAGGAGAAACAGGCAGGAAGGGUGUGUGAAUGUGAGCAAAUAGUUAUAUUCAAAAAACUUGGUUACCCUCAAUAGAUGAGGAUUAAAAGUUGCCAAAGGAAGAAGCAAGGGAGAAUGGAUCAAGGAAACUGCAGUAUACAUGAGUUGAAUUUGAUAUUGUUGUGCAUCUCAUGGUAUUUAUCCUUUGAAUAUAAUGAUGAAGACAGCAAUAAUAUAAAAAGAAAGUUCUUAGCUUUGUCCUUCAGUUGCAAAUUGAACAUCACUAGCUUUUAACUUUGGAUGGCAGAGCCAUUUUUAGGGACAACACUGGGAGUCAGUUACCAUCAAACCAACCCCCUCCCCUGCAAAAGAAAGCUGCAUCUGGGCUCAGUAUACAUGAAGGAGCGUCUCCACCCCCAUCAUUCUGCCUGGACACUGAGGUCCAGCGCCAAGGGCCUUCUGGCGGUUCCCUUGCUGUGAGAAGCCAAGUUACAGGGAACCAGGCAGAGGGCCUUCUCGGUAGUGGAACCCGCCCUGUGGAACGCCCUCCCACCAGAUGUCAAAGAGAACAACAACUACCGGACUUUUAGAAGACAUCUGAAGGCUUUUAAUGUUUAGCAGACUAUUGUAUUUUUAUAUGUUGUUGGAAGCUGCCCAGAGUGGCUGGGGAAACCCAGCCAGAUGGGCAGGGUAUAAAUAUAUUAUUAUUAUUAUUAUUAUUAUUAUUAUUAUUAUUAUUCAGUCUUCACCCUGAUUGUAGGCUACAUACAUCCUGCAGAAGGGAUUUCCCUUUUCCUAGUUGGCUAGGUUACUCAGCAUUUAUAUAAUGGAGAAUUACUAAGGCUGCAAUUCAAUAAAUGGGUAAAUCCCAUUGAACAAAUUCAGUCUUACCCUAUGUCUAUGCAUAGGAUUGCACUGUGAGAUGAGAUUUUCAAUCCUAGGUGGUGGAAGAAUCUGCUGGGACUGAACCCCUUCUGAACAAGGAUGAUCUGGACUCUCUCUUAGGGGAGGUAAUGGAAAACAAAUCUUCUUGUGCUAUAAUUUGUCCAGUGCUGAACAGGUCUGUGGAUUCUGGAAUUGUCCAUACCAAUGCUUGAGAUAAUUUGGAAGAUUUUAGGUCCCCCUUGAUAUUAAUUUGUUCUUAAUUUCAAUACUUUGCACUUUCAAGUUGCAAGCAGUUAUAACUUAAGAGUACUUUCAUCACAUCCAGUAACGCAGCAGAAACUCCUCCGGGCUGCUAAUAAGGAUGGCAGAUCAGUUAUGCCUGGUGGACCUGUGCAGUCUGUGUACUUCAAAACAGGAGAGCAGCUCUGUAUUUGUCUGCUGCCUGCAUUUUGCUCCGAUGAAUUGCUACUCUUAUUUCAGUACUGUUGACCUGGUGAACAAAUAGAAAUGCCUCUUUUCUCUCUAAUCCUACAGAAUACCUUUGAUGGGAUCUUGCACUGGGCAUUCCAUAGCGUGCCUCGUCCGCUGUCAGACACUCAAGGAUUUUUCUCAUAG